AUGCAAGAUGUCAAGACUCAUAUUCAUCCUAUAUGUAUCAUUCAGAAGGAUGCGGCAAGUGCUAAGGUAGAGAAAAAGGUAUACAGAGAUCCUAGAGAAUCCCACUUAACAGCUGUGAAGAGGAUCUUCAGAUAUCUGAAAGGUAUAAUUAACCUUGGAUUGUAUUAUAGAAAAUCUAAAGAUUAUAAGCUAGUGGGUUAUUGUGAUAUUGAUUAUGUUGGAGACAGACUUGAGAGGAAAAGAACUUCUGGGAGCUCACAGUUUUUGGGAGACAACCUAAUCUCAUGGUCUAGCAAGAGGCAAUCAACAAUAGCACUAUCAACUACUGAAGUUGAAUACAUUUCAGCUUCUGGAUGCAACACUCAGAUGCUCUAG